UGUACAUUGACCUCGAUUUCGACAGCAAGCUGCAAAUGGCGGACAGCAUUUGAUGCGCUUGUAGUUGAAAGUCUAGGCUAUCAAACAAGAAAAGAAGGACACGUGCACUUAUUUAACUUUGCUGCUUGAGUAAAGCCACCAUCCACCAUGCCGGCAGUGAAAGGAGAUGGAAUGAGAGGGCUUGCAGUUUUUAUAUCUGACAUCAGAAACUGCAAAAGCAGAGAAGCAGAAAUCAAAAGAAUCAACAAAGAACUGGCCAACAUUAGAUCAAAAUUCAAAGGUGAUAAAACCCUAGAUGGUUACCAGAAGAAGAAGUAUGUGUGUAAGCUGCUGUUUAUAUUCCUGCUGGGCCAUGACAUUGACUUUGGCCACAUGGAGGCAGUCAACCUGCUCAGUUCUAACAAAUACACAGAAAAACAGAUUGGUUACUUGUUCAUCUCUGUGCUGGUCAGUGCCAGCAGUGACCUGAUGAAGCUGGUAGUCCAGUCCAUUAAGAAUGACAUCGUCAGCCGUAACCCUGUGCAUGUGUGCCUGGCCCUACAGUGUAUUGCCAACAUAGGCAGCAGAGACAUGGCAGAAGCCUUUAAUAGGGAUAUUCCAAAGCUUUUGGUAUCAGGUGACACCAUAGACUCUGUAAAGCAGAGUGCUGCCCUGUGCCUGCUGCGUCUGCUGAGAACAGCCCCAGAUCUGAUUCAGCUUGGAGAGUGGGCCUCCAGGGUCAUUCACUUGCUCAAUGAUCAACACAUGGGUGUAGUAACAGCAGCAGCCAGUCUGAUAGAGGCCCUGGUGAAGAGGAGUCCUGAGGAAUACAAAGGCUGUGUGUCUCUGGCUGUGUCUAGACUCAGUAGAAUUGUCACUUCUUCCUACACAGACCUCCAGGAUUACACCUACUACUUUGUGCCAGCACCUUGGCUCUCUGUCAAACUGCUGAGGUUGCUACAGAAUUAUCCUCCACCAGAAGACCCGGCUGUUCGCACAAGGCUGACUGAAUGUUUAGAAACCAUUCUGAACAAAGCCCAGGAGCCACCAAAGUCAAAGAAAGUGCAACACUCCAAUGCCAAGAAUGCAGUCUUAUUUGAAGCCAUUAAUCUGAUAAUCCACAUGGACAGUGAUCCUAAUCUGUUAGUAAGGGCAUGUAACCAACUGGGACAGUUUUUGUCACAUAGAGAAACCAAUCUAAGGUAUCUUGCAUUAGAAAGUAUGUGCUUGCUGGCAACCUCAGAAUUCUCUCAUGAAGCAGUCAAAAAGCAUCAGGAGACUGUGAUCAAUGCACUCAAGACUGAGAGGGACGUGAGUGUUCGUCAGAGGGCUGUGGACCUGUUGUAUGCUAUGUGUGACAGAACCAAUGCAGAAGACAUCGUAGCAGAGAUGUUGACUUAUUUGGAAACAGCAGAUUAUUCUAUUAGAGAAGAAAUGGUCCUUAAAGUGGCUAUCCUGGCAGAGAAGUAUGCAGUGGACUACACAUGGUAUGUGGACACCAUCCUGAACCUGAUCCGCCUGGCUGGAGAUUACGUCAGUGAGGAAGUCUGGUACAGAGUUAUACAGAUUGUCAUCAACAGGGAUGAUGUUCAGGGAUAUGCUGCCAAGACUGUCUUUGAAGCACUCCAGGCACCAGCAUGUCAUGAGAACAUGGUGAAAGUCGGUGGAUACAUAUUAGGAGAAUUUGGUAACCUAAUAGCUGGAGACCAUAGGUCAAGUCCUAUUGUGCAGUUCCAGUUGCUCCAUUCUAAGUACCACUUGUGUAUUCCAAGCACUAGGGGGCUGCUGCUUUCAACUUAUGUUAAAUUUAUCAAUUUGUUCCCAGAGAUAAAGGCACAAAUACAAGAGAUUCUAAGAAAUGACAAUAAUAUAAGAAACCCAGAUGUAGAAAUUCAGCAGAGGGCUAUAGAGUAUUUGCAGCUGACUUCAGUCACCUCUACAGAUGUACUGGCUACAGUAUUAGAAGAGAUGCCUCCCUUCCCGGAAAGAGAAUCUUCCAUUUUAGCCAAAUUGAAGAAGAAGAAGCCAGGAGCUGCAGAGGAUCCAGAUGCUGCUGGCGGCAAGUCUUCACCUCCCACUGUUGCAUCCAAACCAAUGCCUGAGAUUAGUGUUAAUGCUAGUUACCAGCCACAGGGUGCAUCAGGAGGAUCAGCAGAUUUGCUUGGCCUUUCGUCUUCAGCGCCCCCUGCAGCUGCUCCUGCCUCCAAUGACACUGGCUGUCUGGUGGAUGUGUUUGACAUGCUGGGAACUGGCGCAUCUCCUACAAGCAAUGGCUUAACAGCUGCUGCAGACGAGAACUACAAAAGUGCAACUACCCCAGAUCUUGAGGCUGGACCAGACAAAAUACAUGAGUUUGUAUGCAGAAACAAUGGUGUUAUUUUUGAAAAUGAUCUGCUUCAAAUUGGGAUCAAAUCCGAGUACAAGCAAAACCUUGGCAGAGUGGGAAUGUUUUAUGGUAACAAAACUAGUGUGCCAUUUUCCAAUUUUACCGCAGAAGUCAGCCUUCCAGGAGAGCUAAGUAGUCAACUCAUGGCUCAAGCUAAACCAGUAGAUUCACAGGUAGAGGCAGGUGCCCAGAAGCAGCAACUUGUCAAUAUUGAGUGUGUGACAGAUUUCACAGUGCCUCCUGUACUAGUAAUCAAUUUCCUUUAUAAUGGUGCCCAGCAACAUAUGACUGUUAAGAUGCCAGUAAUGGUGAAUAAAUUUUUAGAACCAGCUGAAAUGGAUGCGGCCACUUUCUUUCAAAGAUGGAAAAAUUUAUCAGCCCCUGCCCAGGAAUGCCAGAAAAUAUUUAAAGCAAAACCACCAAUGGAUGGAGAACAAACAAAAUCAAAGCUUCUCUGCUUUGGUUUGAGUAUAUUAGAAGAUGUUGAUCCAAACCCAGAGAACUUUGUGUCUGCUGGUGUCUUGCACACACGGAAUCAACAGAUUGGUGUGCUGUUACGACUGGAACCAAAUUCACAAGCUCAGAUGUACCGAUUAACAAUUAGAGCCAGCAAAGAUGCAAUAUCAACAACACUAUGUGAGCUGUUAGAGAGUCAGUUCUGACUGGACUAAAACUGCCUUUUAUUUAUACAUACAAGGCAUACAAGUACUGUCUUAUGUGUACAACAUGUGCAAGAAUGCUGUUGGCUGUAUAGAAUUGUACAAAUAGUCAGGAUCAGAAAAGAAUGGAAUAUGUAAAUUGUAAUAUCGUGACCCGUCUUAGUUAUGUCCAGUUCUAGAAUAUAUUGUCAAUGUGGAUAGAGUACUUUGUGGUAUAUGCAGAUUUGAAGUGUUUUACUUUGAAUGAAUAUAGGGGGAGAACAUUUAUCACUCUGGAAGCUAGUUUCUUCUCUUCAUCAAAAUCAAAUGAUGAUUUAAUAUGAUAAAAUCAUUACUGCCAUUUAAACAAGUAUCCAAACAAAAACCAAAUCUUUAAUAUAUCGGAUAUAAUUUAAUUGUGAUACUGAUAAACAGUAUGGUGAUGACUCAUGCCUCCUAGUCAAUUGGUAACUGUAAGAAUAAGUAUACCAAGCAAGUCAUGUUCCUGCUAAUAUAUUUUGUUUCUUGUAUUCAUACCAAUUCACCAUUGAAUAGAGGCUAUUCAUUUUUGCUUGGAGUUUAAACAGAAUUCAUGUAACUAUACCUGUAAAUGGUAAGUGUGUCUGUACAUGGGUGUAUGUUAAAAAUGUCAUGUAUGGUCUUAUAAAAAAUUUGUAGCUUGGGGAUAUCUCUGUGCAGCAAUACAAACUAAAUUUAAGAAUAUUGAUUUAGUGUAACUGAUUGAAUAACAACAUAGAAAAUUGGCUCAUUAUAUAUAGCAUAUCACUGAUGUAUUUUGUAAAAUGAAUGUAAAAAAAACACUCUAGGUGAAUGUCAUUCCUAUGUGUAAACUGUUGAUAUUUUUGGCCAUGUCAACCUUGGGGAAUACUUCAUCAAUGUCUGUCUCUUAACUGUCAAGUGACAACAUAGGCAUGGGAAGUGAAGGGUGUGAAAUCCAUUGGUGAUUAGUUAACAUUUAUGUAUAGAUGCAUUGUGUGCUACAGAAGUACAUAUUAACAAAAAAUAUAUUGAUAUCCUAUGAUGGAAUUAAAAUAAGUGAAAGAAAAAGCCAGGUGAUGUAGCAAGUGCUUGUUUGUGCAGAAUUGAAUAAUAUUGUAUUUGUACCCUGAAGAGUGUAGAGUAUGUAGAAUUAUCUACAUUCAUUGUUUGUAUGAAAUAUGUUAAUCUUCAUCAUUUUGAAGCUUUAUUGUGUUAUAUACAACACCAUCUUAAGGAUAAGUUUUUAAUUGAUUUUGAGUUUGAUGUCUGUCAUGUUUUUUUUUUUCUUUUGUUUCAGGUAAUAACAGGGCAUGAUUAUAUUUGCAUAAUGACCUUCCAGGAGUCACCAUAAUUAUAUGAUAUAUAUAACCAUUCUAAUGAUGUUGUUCCUUGAAUAAAAUGAUCAGUGCCACAUGGGGGACAGUUCUUAAAAAGAAAUCUAAACACUAUAUGUAUAUCUUUAUAUUUUAUUAUGCCAUGGAUCUUUAAAAACUGUAUUGAAUGCACCAUAUUUGAAUGAAUAUACAAGAGUAGAGACAUUCCAGUAGAAUUCAGGGUUGCUUUUGGGGCAAUAUCCCACUACUCUGCAAACAUUGAGCCACCCAGGUCAGAUAGUUCAGAAAAGCAUAUUAUACAUUAUAUUUCAAUAGCAGCAGUUAGGGGUUCAACCUACUGUAAUUAUUUGCUUUUUACUAUUUGUAAAUAUCCAAUAUUGAUUUAUAAAUGCUAUUUCUGAUCAUUUAGAUUAUUUUCACUUUCAUUGAUCUAGUAAGCUGAGAUAAUAAUAAAGACUUGGCAUGGGCUUUUGAAUGGUAGAUUUAGUUGGUGGCAUGGCUUUGAACAGGUGUAAAUAUCACAUUUUGAUGUUGUAUCUGCUGUACACAUGGUUGGUGCUGAAACUUAGUGAAACUAAACAAAAAAAUGGAGUUCUUUCGUUAGGGAAAAAUAUAAUUCUAGCGUUAUGUCAUCCCACUGGUGUUGUGCUGAACUUCAUUUUACAGUCUAUUGGUAAAGUGAUAACAAGAAUAUGUAGUGAAAAUUUUGGAAUGCAUAUAUAAAUAUACAAUUUUUUAAAAAUUA